UUUAGUGUUUUUCACUGAUUUCAUAUCGAGAAGAAGCUAGCGAAGAUAUCAUAACAAUGGCGGAUGAGGUAGUUCUUUUGAGUUUCUGGCUUAGUCCUUUCGGAAUGAGGAUCAAAAUCGCCUUGGCCGAGAAAGGAAUCAACUAUGAUUACAAGGAAGAGAACCUGCAAGACAAGAGUCCUCUGCUUCUCAAGAUGAACCCUGUUCAUAAGAAGGUUCCUGUUUUGAUUCAUAACGGCAAACCCAUCUGUGAAUCCCUCAUCAUUGUUCAAUACAUUGAUGAGGUUUGGAAGGAGACAUGUCCUUUGCUGCCCUCUGAUCCUUACCACCGAGCAGAAGCCAAAUUUUGGGCUGAUUUCAUUGACAAGAAGAUAUUCGACUCUGGUAGGAAGACAUGCAUGUCAAAAGGAGAAGAGACUGAGGCAGCAAAGAAGGAGCUGAUUGAGUCCUUAAAAGUGUUGGAAGGAGAGCUUGGAGAGAAGCCCUACUUUGGGGGAGAGAAGUUUGGGUUUGUAGAUUUGUGCCUCAUCCCCUUCUACACUUGGUUUUACUCCUAUGAAACUUUUGGGAGCUUCAGCAUGGAAGUUGAGUGCCCAAAGCUCAUUGGUUGGGCUGAGAGGUGCUUGGAGAAGGAGAGUGUGUCAAACUCCCUUGCUGACCAACAAAAGGUCUACCAGUUCUUUGGGCAGAUGAGGAAGAUGUAUGGGAUUGAGUAGAGUUAAUGAUCAAGAGGAGAUUGGGUUAAACAUUUAUAAAUAAAGUCUGCUACCCUAUGGAGCAGGAAGUCUGAAGGGUCUUCCCCUUUGAUUUUUGUUUUGUUGUAAUGGAGGAGAGAGAUUGUGAACUUUCACUUUUGUUUCGUACUUUAGAGCUGAAUGAUAGUGAUAUUUCAUUUUAACAUGGAUUAGCUUCAUACA